AUGAUCGGCGGCGGUGCUGCCAACGACUUCCUCGAGCCUACGGAGGUGCCGACUGGUCCUCGUCCCCUUCCCGCCGACAUGACCCCGCCCCGGGCCAGAGUCGCCCAGUGGAGGCAGACGACUACCGACGCCGUCGACCCCCGUGACCUUCCCCGUUGGAACCACGAUGCUCCUGCGGAUGCAGGGAGGGUGGACGAAGAUGGAGGUCCAUAUGCAACGACUGAUGGCGAGGGGACCCUGGAAGCACCCUGA